CUUGAUGUGUAGCAUGCAUGAAAUAUUAGAAAAAAAUCUACCCCAGUUCCAUUUUCGUUGUGGCUUAUAUACUUUCAAUGCUAAAGUCAAAACUUGAACAAAGAAUUUUUUUAUAUUUCUCAUUGAAGUUUGAAAAUUCAUAUCAUAUAAACUUUAGGACACGACUUUUUUUUUAAACUAUCUUAAAAAUGCCAAAUCAGGGGGCGAAAACACUCCGACUUGCGUUCUAAAUUUAAGGCUUAUUCACUGCCUAUAUUUAGAACUGGUUAAACCAACCUGUUACUUAAAUUAUUACAAGGAUGUGUUAGGCCCUAUAUAAGCAUGUAAUGCAAUUCCAUCAGUCGCAGUCAUGCAGAAACUGGCAUUAUGAGCUUAGAAAAUAUGAGCGGAUUUCUAACUGGCCAAGAAGGAAAAGAUUUCUUUUAUAACGAAGCAACAGGAAAGAAUGAACCGUGCUCCGAUAAAUGUGAUAUUCCGUCACAAUACGAAUAUACAUGCGCAGAGAAGUGUAAAUUUUAUAUCCCGAAAGAAAGAGUGACGACAAUGGCUUUAGGUGUCAUAAAAGAAACCGAUGACAAGACAUAUUUGUUUAUCAUAUCUGGAAUUUUAAUAGCCGUCGUAACAGUUAUUGUGUUGGGAGUAAUUUUAAAAAAUAAGCUUAGUGUGCUUAAAGGAACAUUUUGUAGAAAACAAUCUACAUCUCAUUCUGAGACAGGGUCGAAUGAACCAGCUGAAAUGGUCACAUCGGGACAUGGCGUGCAUGCUGUGCGAAAUACAGUGCAAGCUGACAGAGUAUUGACACAAGACACGGGAAGUGCAGCAGCUUGGGUGUAGUGAUAAGAAUCAGUGUAAUUUGGGGUGUUUUCGUUAUGUGCAACGUUAUCAAGGUUGACACGAGCAGUCACAAUAUGACUGUUUACAUUAUUACGAGUACACAUGACUAAAUAUAAACGGGACGAAGUUACUAAUAACUACUGAAACGUGUUCUAUUAUUUUUAAAUCACAGAAGGUUGUAUUUGUUUCGCAAUGAUCUCAUUUUUCAGUCAGCUUGUUUUGAGUAUUGUGUUCUUUUGUCAUGUCUCUUCACAAUUAAUUUGUAUGUAUGUAGUGUAUAUGUAUCGUGUGUGUGUGUGUGUGUGUGUGUGUGUGGGUGGGUGUGUGUGUGUGUGUGUGUGUGCAGUUCCGCAGUAAACAGCAUUUCCUUUGAAAUCUACAUAUGUACGCAUUUGAUCGGAUCAAGAAGUCUUUCGUGUAUAGGGCUAUUAGAUUGGAUAAGUUUUUUUUGCUCAUGUGCUCAAGAAUUGCGUUUAAAUUGUGUCCAUAUAGAUAAAAGUUGACACUGGUUGAUAUGCUCUUCCCUCAUAUAUUCCAUCAUAUUGUUAAUUUGUUCAAUCGCUGCCGAGAAAUAGUGCUCCCAUAUUUGAUCUACUAGUCUACUGUACAUAAUCAGAAUUGAAAUAAUGUAACAGAACGGUGUUACGCUUCAUUAUUACUCCAAAAUUAUUCCGCGUGACAUGCUACGUCCUAGCUGUGUUUGAAUGUUGUUUAAUAAACACGGUUACGUUGAUUUCACGCCAACCUACUUAAUUAGAUCGCCACUAUACGCCAUGAAAUAGUGUCUCGAUCCCUAUUGCGUCCACUUGUUUAUAAAAAGAUAUAUUGGAAUCGAAAUGAUAUAUAGCAGAACCAUGUUUGAAUAUAUUUAUCACACCGAAUGGGUUAAAACAUCUGCACUUUACACAUUGUUUAGCUAUAUAAAUGUAAUAACGUGUACUAUUUAAGAAUAACGGAUAUUGUAAUAUUAAUGCAUAUAAACUUGUCAAUUUUAUGUUUACAUAAACUAUAUGUAGAAUGUUUUUAUAUUUGAAAAUAUGAAAUUGUGGUCUAGUAUAUCUUUAAAUUUUAAUAAAUUAACUGGUGUAUGUUUGGAUCUUCAAUACAUUAUGAUUUGCAUAGUUGCUGCUCAGGUCACCGAGAUAUUGUAUGGCCAUUUCAUGCAAGUUCCGUCCAUUAUGUGUAUUUUAUAUGUGUGUUUUUUAUGUCCUGUACAAUCAAGUGAAACAUAUUUUUCUUGUAAUUAUAUUUGAAUUAGAUUGUGUAUAAAUAUGUAAAUUGUUAAAAAUUGAUAAUAAUAAUAAUAAUAAUAAUAGUAAUAAUGAUAAUAAUAAUAAUAAUAAUAAUAUAGUCAUUAUUACUAUGAUGGUGAUGAAGAUGAAGAUGACGAUGACGACGAUGAUGAUGAUGAUAUAAAAUAAAUUAAUACUGUACAUUUUGUAUCUUUAGAAUUUUCUUUUGGUAUGUGUUGUCUGCGCCUGUGAUACUUCAUUAGCAAUUGCUCAGAUAUUAGAUAAGAGACUCAUAUUUUGUGUUGUUUUCGGUUAUUAUGUCUCACAAAAUGAAUACAUAUCAGAAAAAAGUGUCUAGUUAUAUUUCGAUUGCGCCAUUAUACGUCUAGCCAGUCAAUCUGACUUAAGUAUUUGAUCUUCUAAACGAAGAUCUGAGAACGACCCAUUCACUAGCCUGGUUCCCGUCGUGUACUGUGUAGCAGUUAAGGGGCAGGUAAUCCAGACUACCCAUUCACAUACGUCUUCUGUAUAUUUUGGAUUUCCAGUAUUGCUAUUUUUAUUUAAACCAAACAGACGACUUGUUCGAGUGUCAAUGAGUAAGAAAAAUGUGCAGUCAUUCCAGGGCUCAAACCCGGGACCCCUCGCUUACAAAGCAAGUGGCCUACCGACUGAGCUAACCGGCUAUCUGACACAAUACGACAUAAAAAUUGUAAAUAUCAAAAGUCAAGGCUACAGGUAGAUUUGCAAAAUGUUGUAAGUUAAGCUCUGAUUGGCUAGCGAAAGGGUUGUCAGAACGAGGCCAUGAAUAGGUCGUUCUCAGAUCCUAUGCGUAGCGUAUA